CUCUCCUGAGCUGUUUCCGCCGCCAUUGCGGGUUUUCGGAGUUCAGUGCUGGUGCCACUGAUCUUCAUUCAGGGAGAAAAAGCACAAACACCAAGCGGGCGGCCAGAACAACACGCGCGGUCCCAUAGCCUCUGCAAUCGCAAGUCCGAACAGAUCCCCAUCUCCCCUUUCAGACCUUCAUCUAGUCAGCUGUCUUGGCUUCGACCUGUGUUGAGAAGCCGUAGUAAGUAGCUUGGAGAUCCAGGACUCCGGGAGGAGAGAGCAGAGAGGAACCGCCAUGGCUCAGAUCCUACCGAUUCGCUUCCAGGAGCACCUGCAGCUCCAGAACCUGGGCAUUAACCCGGCUAACAUCGGGUUCAGCACUCUGACCAUGGAGUCGGACAAGUUCAUCUGCAUCCGCGAGAAGGUGGGCGAGCAGGCGCAGGUGGUGAUCAUCGACAUGAACGACCCCAACACCCCCAUCCGCAGACCCAUCUCCGCAGACAGCGCCAUCAUGAACCCUGCCAGCAAGGUCAUCGCACUGAAAGCUGCGAAAACUCUUCAGAUUUUUAACAUUGAGAUGAAGAGCAAGAUGAAGGCCCACACCAUGACCGAUGAUGUCACCUUCUGGAAGUGGAUCUCACUCAACACAGUAGCACUUGUAACGGACAACGCUGUCUACCAUUGGAGCAUGGAGGGAGAUUCUCAGCCAAUGAAAGUCUUUGAUCGGCACUCCAGUCUAGCAGGCUGUCAAAUCAUAAACUACCGCACUGACGCCAAGCAGAAAUGGCUUCUCCUCAUUGGGAUUUCUGCUCAGCAAAACCGUGUGGUUGGAGCGAUGCAGCUGUACUCUGUGGACAGGAAGGUGUCCCAGCCCAUAGAGGGGCAUGCGGCCAGCUUCGCCCAGUUUAAAAUGGAGGGGAACGCGGAGGAGUCCACCCUGUUCUGCUUCGCCGUCCGAGGCCAGGCCGGGGGAAAGUUGCACAUUAUUGAAGUGGGCACCCCGCCCACAGGGAACCAGCCAUUUCCAAAAAAAGCAGUGGACGUGUUCUUCCCUCCGGAGGCCCAGAACGACUUCCCCGUCGCCAUGCAGAUCAGCUCCAAGCAGGACGUGGUGUUCCUCAUCACCAAAUACGGCUACAUCCACCUGUACGACCUGGAGACGGGCACCUGCAUCUACAUGAACAGGAUCAGCGGCGAGACCAUCUUCGUCACGGCCCCCCACGAGGCCACGGCCGGCAUCAUCGGGGUCAACAGGAAGGGGCAGGUGCUCUCUGUGUGCGUGGAGGAGGAGAACAUCAUCCAGUACAUCACCAACGUGCUGCAGAACCCCGACCUGGCGCUGCGCAUGGCCGUCCGCAACAACCUGGCCGGCGCCGAGGAGCUCUUCGCCCGCAAGUUCAACAACCUGUUCGCCGGGGGAAACUACUCUGAGGCCGCUAAGGUGGCCGCCAACGCACCGAAGGGCAUCCUGCGCACCCCAGACACCAUCCGCAGGUUCCAGAGCGUUCCCGCCCAGCCCGGACAGACCUCCCCCCUGCUCCAGUACUUCGGGAUCCUGCUGGACCAGGGCCAGCUCAACAAGUUUGAGUCCCUGGAGCUGUGCAGGCCCGUCCUGCAGCAGGGCCGCAAGCAGCUGCUGGAGAAGUGGCUGAAGGAGGAUAAGCUGGAGUGCUCAGAGGAGCUGGGGGAUCUGGUGAAGUCUGUAGAUCCCACCCUGGCUCUCAGCGUCUACCUGCGGGCCAACGUCCCCAACAAGGUCAUCCAGUGCUUCGCAGAGACCGGACAGUUCCAGAAAAUAGUACUCUACGCCAAAAAGGUGGGGUACACGCCGGACUGGAUCUUCCUGCUCCGGAACGUGAUGCGCAUCAGCCCAGAGCAGGGCCUGCAGUUCGCCCAGAUGCUGGUGCAGGAUGAGGAGCCCCUGGCUGACAUCACGCAGAUUGUGGACAUCUUCAUGGAGUACAACCUGAUCCAGCAGUGCACCUCCUUCCUGCUGGACGCGCUGAAGAACAACCGGCCCACUGAGGGCCCCCUGCAGACCCGUCUGCUGGAGAUGAACCUCAUGCACGCUCCUCAGGUUGCCGAUGCCAUCUUGGGGAACCAGAUGUUCACGAACUACGACCGCGCCCACAUCGCCCAGCUGUGUGAGAAGGCGGGGCUUCUGCAGCGAGCCCUGGAGCACUACACCGACCUCUAUGACAUCAAGCGUGCCGUGGUCCAUACACACCUGCUGAACCCAGAGUGGCUGGUGAACUUCUUCGGCUCGCUGUCGGUGGAGGACUCCCUGGAGUGCCUGCGGGCCAUGCUGUCGGCCAACAUCCGGCAGAACCUGCAGAUCUGCGUCCAGGUGGCGUCCAAAUACCACGAGCAGCUGUCCACCCAGUCCCUCACCGAGCUCUUCGAGUCCUUCAAGAGCUUUGAAGGGCUGUUCUACUUCCUGGGCUCCAUUGUGAACUUCAGCCAGGACCCAGAGGUCCACUUCAAGUACAUCCAGGCGGCGUGCAAGACGGGCCAGAUCAAGGAGGUGGAGCGGAUCUGCAGAGAGAGCAACUGCUACGACCCCGAGCGCGUCAAGAACUUCCUGAAGGAGGCCAAACUGACCGACCAGCUCCCACUGAUCAUCGUUUGUGACCGUUUCGACUUUGUCCAUGACCUGGUCCUCUACCUGUACCGCAACAGCCUGCAGAAGUACAUUGAGAUCUACGUGCAGAAGGUUAACCCCAGCCGUCUCCCCGUGGUGAUCGGAGGGCUGCUGGAUGUUGACUGCUCUGAAGACGUGAUUAAGAACCUGAUCCUGGUUGUCCGGGGGCAGUUCUCCACAGACGAGCUGGUGGCUGAGGUGGAGAAGAGAAACCGACUGAAGCUGCUCUUGCCCUGGCUGGAAGCUCGCAUCCACGAGGGCUGCGAGGAGCCCGCUACCCACAAUGCACUGGCCAAGAUCUACAUCGACAGCAACAACAACCCGGAGCGCUUCCUGCGCGAGAACCCCUUCUACGACAGCCGCGUGGUGGGCAAGUACUGCGAGAAGAGGGACCCCCACCUGGCCUGUGUUGCCUAUGAACGAGGGCAGUGCGACCUGGAGCUCAUUCACGUGUGCAAUGAGAACUCCCUGUUCAAGAGCCUGUCCCGGUACUUGGUUCGACGCAAGGACCCGGAGUUGUGGGCCAGCGUUCUUCUGGAGAGCAACCCCUACAGGAGGUCCCUCAUCGACCAGGUUGUGCAGACCGCCCUGUCUGAGACACAAGACCCGGAGGAGGUGUCUGUCACUGUCAAGGCCUUCAUGACCGCUGACCUUCCCAACGAACUCAUUGAACUCCUGGAAAAGAUUGUUCUGGACAACUCUGUCUUCAGCGAGCACAGAAACCUGCAGAACCUCCUGAUCCUCACGGCCAUCAAAGCGGACCGUACCCGGGUGAUGGAGUACAUCAACCGCCUGGACAACUACGACGCCCCCGACAUCGCCAACAUCGCCAUCAGCAACGAGCUCUUCGAGGAGGCCUUCGCCAUCUUCAGGAAGUUUGACGUCAACACCUCGGCAGUGCAGGUGCUGAUCGAGCACAUCGGGAACCUGGACCGCGCCUACGAGUUCGCCGAGCGCUGCAACGAGCCGGCGGUGUGGAGCCAGCUGGCCAAGGCGCAGCUGCAGAAGGGCCUGGUGAAGGAGGCCAUCGACUCCUACAUCAAAGCAGACGACCCGUCUGCCUAUAUGGAGGUGGUGCAGGCGGCUGACCAGAGUGGAAACUGGGAGGACCUGGUGAAGUUCCUGCAGAUGGCGCGGAAGAAGGCCCGCGAGUCCUAUGUGGAGACGGAGCUGAUCUUCGCUCUGGCCAAAACCAACCGCCUGGCUGAACUGGAGGAGUUCAUCAAUGGCCCCAAUAACGCUCACAUUCAGCAAGUUGGUGACCGGUGCUACGAUGAGAAAAUGUACGAUGCAGCUAAGUUACUGUACAAUAACGUGUCCAACUUCGGAAGGCUGGCCUCCACCCUGGUCCACCUGGGAGAAUACCAGGCAGCGGUAGACGGGGCCCGCAAGGCCAACAGCACCAGGACCUGGAAGGAGGUGUGCUUUGCCUGUGUGGAUGGAAACGAGUUCCGGCUGGCUCAGAUGUGUGGCCUGCACAUCGUUGUACACGCCGACGAACUGGAGGAACUCAUCAACUACUACCAGGACCGCGGGUACUUCCAGGAGCUCAUCACCAUGCUGGAGGCCGCUCUGGGGCUGGAGCGGGCGCACAUGGGCAUGUUCACGGAGCUGGCCAUCCUCUACUCCAAAUUCAAGCCGCAGAAGAUGAGGGAGCACCUGGAGCUCUUCUGGUCCCGAGUCAACAUCCCAAAGGUCUUGAGGGCGGCUGAGCAGGCCCAUCUCUGGGCGGAGUUAGUCUUCCUGUACGAUAAGUACGAGGAGUAUGACAACGCCAUCAUCACCAUGAUGAACCACCCGCCCGACGCCUGGAAAGAGGGCCAGUUUAAAGACAUCAUCACCAAGGUGGCCAAUGUGGAGUUGUAUUACAAAGCCGUUCAGUUUUAUUUGGAGUUCAAACCACUGCUGCUGAACGACCUACUGGUUGUGUUGUCUCCACGGUUAGACCACACUCGUGCGGUCAACUACUUCACCAAGGUCAAGCAGCUUGCACUGGUCAAACCAUACCUGCGGUCUGUACAGAACCACAACAACAAGUCCGUCAAUGAAGCACUUAACAACCUCUUUAUAGCAGAAGAAGAUUAUCAGGCCCUGCGCACGUCCAUAGACGCCUACGACAACUUUGAUAACAUCUCGCUGGCCCAGAGCCUGGAGAAGCACGAGCUCAUUGAGCUGAGGAGAAUCGCCGCCUACCUCUUCAAAGGCAACAACCGCUGGAAGCAGAGCGUGGAGCUCUGCAAGAAGGACAAGCUCUACAAGGAUGCGAUGCAGUACGCGUCGGAGUCCAAGGACACGGAGCUGGCGGAGGAGCUGCUGCAGUGGUUCCUGCUGGAGGACAAGAAGGAGUGCUUCGCCGCCUGCCUGUUCACCUGCUACGACCUGCUGCGGCCCGACGUGGUGCUGGAGACCGCCUGGAGGCACAACAUCAUGGAGUUCUCCAUGCCCUACUUCAUCCAGGUCAUGAGGGAGUACCUGAGCAAGGUUGAUGCGAUUAAGGAAAAGGUGGACAAGCUGGACGCCUCCGAGUCGCUGAGGAAAGAGGAGGAGCAGGCCACGGACACACAGCCCAUCGUCUACGGCACGCCCCAGCUGAUGCUCACUGCGGGACCCAACGUGGCCGUGCCUCCUCAGCAGGCGUACGGUUACGGCUACACGGCGCCGGCCGGCUACGGCCCGCCCCCGCCCCAGCCCGGCUUCGGCUACGGCAUGUAAGAGCCCCCAGCCCGGAGCCACCAGCCCGUCUCUUUCAGCUCCUCACCAGCUCGCCACAGGGGAUACUGUACAAACAAGCCCGAUUCCACUUCUUACCAUCCUCACCCUUUCCUUUACACUGUCAUGAAGGACUUUUAUUUUAUUUUUACAGUUUAUGAAAAAAAACAAAAAACACGGACCUCGUCGUUUUCCUUUUUUUUUCCUUUUUUUUUUUUUCUUUUUUCCUUUUUUUUUUUACAUUCCAUUUUUACGUACUGCUUGAAUGUUUUUGUCUGUCCCAUGUGUUCUGUUUUGUUUUUUGUUUUUUUUCCUCUUCCCCCCCCCCCCCCUCCCUGAGAGGGAAUGGUUAAUGUGCUGUAAAGAGGGCUUGUACACGAGGAGAGCGAGUCUGCAGCAUCCGUUUCUGAAGCGUCCAUUUUGCACUCUAGUGAGAAGCAAGUGUAGAAUCUUCAUUUCAGUGCAUCUGAGCUGCUUGGUCAGUCUGUCCCUAAAAAGGUUUGGUUGUUGUAUGUCCAGAAAAAUAAAAAGCUACAGUGUUCUUACUGUUUGAACUUUACCGCUUCCGUGAACUCCACUAGAAACACUAAGUAAUAAAAAUGUAUUCAACACAAGCCGCCUAGCACUAUGGAAUAAUUUAACUUGCUUGCAUCCAUGCAGUUUCAUUCUUUUCCAGCCAAUACAGGUUCUCCGUUUAACCGUGUAGAAGUCUUUGUUUUUCUGUUUUUGGUUUGUUUAUUUUUCCACUCCAUAUGUAACAUAUGAGUUUUUUGUGCUGUAUACAGUGCUCUUGUGUGGGACCAUUUCCAUUUUUGAGGAGGGAAAAGACUAUUCUGAAUUCUGUAUGAACCCACUGCCCAAUAAUUCCUUGUGCUGAGGUUUGUGUGUGCUGGAUGUUGUGGUGUUCUAGGUCACUGUAUCAACUGUACAGAGAAUGAAUAUAAAAACUUCAUAUUUGCUCCUCCUGCCAGUUUUGUUUGUGCAUUCUGCUCAAAUGGAAAAUAAAAUCACAGGGCCGUGGUUAUUUGGUGUCUUCAUUGUAUGCUUAUGUUUAAAAUAUCAAUAAUAACCCUCCCUCAACCCUUAACCUUAAAAGUUUAAAGAUUACCUGUUAUAUUCUUAAACAAAUGUAUUGAUAUUUUAUUUAAUUGUUGUGCAUCUAAAAUGAAGUAAUUCCAGCAUAUACCUUGGAUUUAAUUCAGUGACAUGGCAGUUUGCUUUUCCACAUAAAAUAAAGAACUCUUGUUUGUCAAGAA